UAAAAUAAUCUUUGAGCUGUUGGAAGCUACAACUACCAGACCCUCAGGGAAGGAAGGCCUGCAGGUUAGCAAGUUCAGCCUUUCCAAUUUACCAGUAAGCCCUUUAUGAUGGGGGCAGCCUCAUUUAGAGGUGAAGGAAUGAAUAUAGCUCACCUAGUUGCUGAUGAAAAGUUCUGACCUCCUGUCCUUGUGCUGGCCAGAAGGAUUCCUGUAUUGAUCAUCCUUGCUCUCCAUGCUCUCCAACCACAGAGAUUAUUUGGCCUCUGGAGCACUUUAAGUCUGAUCGUGCAGAAGAUAAAAGAGCCUGUGACCUUUUCUCUGACACAGGAGGCAGCUCAAACAACCCUGUUGAACUCAAGAGGUGGAUUUGAAGCUGGCCUAGAGUCCUCUGGAUGAAAGGUGAGAGUGCCCCACUCACAGGCCCAUCUGAGCUAUGACUUGAGCUACAAGAAGGAGAAGAUGGACUGAGCAGGGCAGUAUGUGCACUAAAGCCUAUCACAACCUAGACAUAGGAAUUCAACAGAGUUUGAAGAAAAAUCAGAAUCAAUUUCUGAAAACUUCAAAUCCUGAAUUUAUGGGAUUGGAUAUUCCCCUGAAAAGACCACAAAUUUGAACUCAAACCCUGCCCACCUAGGAUAUUGAGCAUUAGCAAGAAACAAGGACCCUUAGGUCAGCUUUGGAGGGAGCUGCUGCUGGUUACAAGGACAGUUUCAGACAUACACAAAACCAGAUAUGCCUUUGUGGUCUCAGCGGUGGUGUGAGCCAUGAAGUCAUGUUGCAGAUGUGGCGUGUGUUCAGUUUUGCUUUCAUUUUGAAAGUGGCAUAUUGAGCCCGUCUAUCAGCGUAGAGAAAUUCAGGUUGGAAGGGACCCCUGGUGGUCAUCUGGUCCAAUCUCCUACUCAAAGCAUGUUUGACUAGAUCAGGUCUGUAUUUGCUGAGGUGCAAGAUGUGUGCCAUGAGGCUGAUCUCCAACAGAACCUCCCAGCAGGCCUUGUCUAACUCAGAUUACACCUGGGACUAUGAGUACUAUGAGUAUGGACCAGUGUCAUUUGAAGGCCUGAAGGCUCAUAAGUAUUCCAUUGUGAUUGGAUUUUGGGUUGGUCUUGCAGUUUUUGUCAUCUUCAUGUUUUUUGUUCUGACUCUGCUGACGAAGACAGGAGCACCACAUCAAGACAAUGCAGAAAUUUCUGAAAAAAGAUUUCACAUGAACAGCUUUGUGGCAGAUUUCGGAAAACCUCUGGAGUCCGAGAGGGUCUUUUCUCACCAAAUGGCUGAAGAAUCCCAGUCACUUUUUCAUUUCUGCAUUAAUGAAGUGGACCAUAUGAACAAAGAAAAAGAGAGUCAGAAAGGUCCAAGUUUGGAGAGUAAUACCCAUUUCCAGGAGGUUCCCAAGAGCAGUGGAAUGUUUGAGGAAGACUUACAUUGUCUUACAAAAUUUAACAUUCCUAACUUUGUGAACACUGAGCCGAACUCUUCAUUAGGUGAGGAUGAUCUCCUCAUCUCAGAGCCACCAAUCAUUUUAUAAAGCAAACUGGUUAUGCAAUCUUAACAUUAGAUCCUUGAUUGAAAAAUCUUUUGCUUUAAGGUAAACCUCCUUGUUAUUGUCCAGUUUGAAGCCUUUCUUGGCCUCCUGCUCUUUUGACAGAAGGUAUUUCAGACCUGUGCUUUUUAUUGUACAUAAGACUGCCUGUCCUGAUGGAACUCAGUUUAGACAAGAAGUAAGACACUGAAUGCUUUAUUCUGAUGCCUUCUGUGGUCUAAAACUUCUGCCCAGUAUUAUUUUUGCUUUAUUAUUUUUUUUGUUUGUUUGUUUCUUGUAUUGUUCUUCAUUUUUAAAUGACUACUUAUGACCAGCUUCUGAAGGAUAAUAAUUUACAAGGAUUGUGAAGGCUGGAGCCUGGCAUUGGGAGUUCUCUGAAAAUUCAUUAGCCAAGAAAAGUGUAAAUGUCAAAGAAGACUGAAGAAAGGAAUAAACAGCCCCUGGGGAUGUUUUGUAGUUUAUGCUGCUCCCAAUAAGGAUGCCUGAAGCUGAGCACCACAAUAAAUACCUGCUUGGGACUAACUUCAGUUUCUGAUCCCUAACUGCUUUUUGGUGCAGGUUAAACCCAACUUACAAAGCUUCCAGAGGGAAUACCUUGCAAAUUAAAUUGUGUGGUUACACUGUUUACAAAAUGCUAUCACCACCUGCUGCUGAGUAAAAGCAAAUUGGUGCCUGUAAUUAUACUUCAGAAUGAUACCUCAGCAGCUGCCCGUGAUGACAUGGAAUUAGUAUUCUGCACACAAACACAAACUGUGAUUUGACUUUCCUUUUUUUUUUUUUUUUUUUUUUUUUCCUGCUAAUUGCUGAUGUGAACUUCCAGUUCAGUAAUUACAGGAUUAAGUCGCUAAAUCACAGGAAAUAAGAAAAAACCUAUUUUUCUUCUGCCAAUAAAGUUGCUACAUGCAAAUGGUGGUGGUAUGUUUAGCUGGUAUCACGUGUUGCUAAUAGGCUGAAUCUUCCUAUGCUUUUUGCCUUUAUAAAAGGUCAUUUCUUUACUCACUGGCUAGUGAAGUGUUAGCAGGCUUUGACCUGAGAGGACCAACUCCAAAAAUAUAGCUAAGCUGUGCUUGCUCCAUCUUCCUUUUGUCCUCAGUUGGGAUAGUGUUGCAACCCCAACUGUUCUCCCAGUGAAAGAUUUGGAAAGGAUUUGAAUAGGUAUAGUUUCAGUCUUUAUUUUUUAGAGAUGGAAUUAAGUUCUGUAUCUUUGAGAGUACUUAAAAUUGUAUUUCAGCUAUCUUCAAAAGAUGGUAACUAAUGGCUGAAUGGUUUUAGAGCAAGCAUAUAAGAUGCAGAGGUAGCGGGUUCAAACCCUUUGCUGGAUUUCAAAUAUGGUCUGCAGGAAGUUCUUAAUUGAGAUGAAAAGAAUGGAUUCCAGACAUGCCUAACUGGAUUUUCUUGAAAUUAACAUGCUUUGUAUCCAACACACCUGUGUUCCAGGUUAGAGACCUGCUGAUACAUUCUUCAGCCACUAAAAUGCUGAUUAAUUCACCCCUUCUUCACCUUACAAAUAGGAAAAAGAGUGAAUGGGUUGAGCAUUUAAAGAAUACAAAUUGUGUAGGAAGAGUGCAAGGAAACAUCUUUUGUUUUUAUGUCCUGUGCCCUUAUUACACACCACUUACAACUCAAUUUCCUGUUUUCAAAUAUGAUUUUUGCAGGACUUGCUAGUGUUUAAAGCAACAGGAUUACACUUAAAAUAAAGCAGAGACUCUUUAAAACUAGCAGGUUGUUGCUGAAAAUAGUUCCCAGAGAAGACUGAAAUGAACCGUGUUCUGAAUGAGCACGGCUCCAGUAAAAUGUUUCCAGUGCAGAAAAGGCCUUGUUUCACAGGGAGUACAGAACUACAACUAUGAAGGCUGUAGGUGUGGACUUUCCUUUUCCUAAAUUUGGGAAAUCUGUCUCUGAAUAUGGCACCUAUUUCCUACUGAGGCACCUCAGUAACUAUCAGCUAUCUGAUGGUUAAACUUUGAAGCUCAAUAUCGUUCUUGCUAACACACUGUGAGACUUGUACUAAAUGGACCUUUUAUAGCAAAUUUCUAGAUGAGUGAUUUGCCUUCAGUAAUGUUUGAGCUAUUAUUUUUAUUUUAUUUUUUCCUUUGCCAUGCUUAAAAACAGCAAUGCUGCUUGAAGGAAGGGUAAAUCUAUGUGGAAUCCAUUUCCUUUGCAACUGAGGAAUGAAGGGCAUUUUUAAGCCCUUUAAAACUACAUUUCAUAGAUCAUUUAGGCUGGAAAAAGACCUUUAAGAUCAAAAAGUCCAACCAUUAACUCAGCACUGCCAAGUCCCAGUCUAAAUCAUCUCACCCUGUGCCAUAAGGCUUUUUAAAACCUCUAGGGAUGCUGUCCCACUGCUCCACACCCCCUUUGGGGGAAAAAAAUUCUCAAAAGUUUCAGAAGUUUCAAAAUAAUGCAGAUGGGGUUUUAGAGAAAGAAGAUGCUGCUACUCUCUGUAGGCUAGCCUAUGUUUUUCUUCUCUUACCUUAAAUCUCAGUGGCUUUUCUUUGGGUACAUUACUACUUUGGGGAGAAAAAGGACGCAUUUUGUGCAUGGAUAUUGGUGAUAACGCCUAGAUGAACGGUACUUCAUAAAAUGACCCAGAGAUGAUGCCAACUUAACUUACAAUACAUUUGAAUUGCAUAGUUAAUAUCCUUCUGCAGCAUGUAUUAAUCCUGUAAAGCCAUUUAAAAUGUUUGGUUCCUGCUUCUAUUCUUUCCUGAUGACAGAUCUACUUUUUUUCAUCUUAUCUCCCUUCUAUAUUUGAAGUCCCUCGUGCUGCUUUUCUCAGAAAAAUAACCUGUCAGUCCCCACUGUGGAGCUCCCACACCACUUCAGAGACACUGUGGCAGCAACAGUCUGAUUCAGAUUUUCGCUCUGCCUCAAAGCAGAGCCAAAGGCAAACGCAAAAACAUUCUGCAGUCUUCAAAAGCAGCUAUUUUAAGGCUGUCCUUCCUUUUUUUCCCCUUUUUAGUAAUAACACAUAUUUUGCCUCAGGGGAAAGGGCAAUAUAUAACCUGUUAAAAAAAAAUCAUCUUUUCUCAGAAAAUCAACUCCUUGAUGCACUAGAAACUAGAAUAGAAAGUGUUCUAAUCAGAGCAAUAUUCAAAAGGAGUACUUGGAAUUUAAUGGUGUUUGAAAAUUGAAUUUUUGUGAGUUUUCUUAGUGCUUGGCCUCAAGCCUCUUCUCAAAACUCAAUAUAAAUGUAUCACCUGCAGCAGAUUUAACUGCAGAGAGACACAGCUAUAUAUGUUUGUUUGCCUAAACAUGUCUUGCAUUCUGGAAGAACUUACUAGGUCAAGUUAUUUAUCCCAGUUUUCAAAGGUAAAUACUUGCAAAAUGCUCUUCUAUAUAAACAAGUUUUAGUUGUGUAUCUUAAAAAAAAAAAAAAAAAAAAAGGCAAAACCCCACAACCUAUAAUGUAAAAUCAGCAAAUGCCUGCUCAUAAGAAGAGAAAGAGAAUGGUAAAACUGUGAUCCUCUCUACUACAAUCCAGAGCCACAGAGUCUCUGAGACUGCAAGGUGAAGUAAAUAGGGUAUAUUUGUCAUGAAAUUAAGUAUUUAUGCACCUGAGCUCUCGACCUUGAAUACUCUAACACUGACAUUUUUUGCCACUUUUUAGCCUUGGAUAUUGACAGGUAGCAAGGACAGCAGAGAAGAACCUUCUAGCACAUGCUCUCCAAUGAGAGCAAGAGAGGCCUGUGCUUUCUCAUUUUUGGAUGAGAGUUAUAUAGUUAGCUAUCUGAAAGGCUACUUCCAAUUCAGAGAUAUCACUGGAUUUCUGUUCAAGAGUCAGGGCAGCACUUGAUACAUAACACCCUCAUUCCCUGCAGAACUGAACUGGCACAGCCAGUGCUGGUAUAUUUGUCCUUUUUCCUUGUACUUUCCAGAAUAGGUUAAAUAUGGGAUAGAGGGGCAGACUUCAAAAUGUAUUAUGUGCUAUCAAAUAAAGUCUUCAUUCACAAUAA